AUGCUAGAAACAGUGGCAGCAGUGCCUGGGAUGGUAGGAGGCAUGCUACUGCACUGCAAAUCCCUUAGAAGAUUUGAGCACAGUGGGGGUUGGAUAAAAGCACUGCUAGAAGAAGCAGAGAAUGAACGGAUGCACCUAAUGACGUUCAUGGAAGUGGCAAAGCCCAAGUGGUAUGAACGUGCUCUGGUCAUAACUGUGCAAGGUGUUUUCUUCAAUGCAUACUUCUUGGGGUAUUUAAUGUCACCCAAAUUUGCACACCGCAUGGUUGGUUACCUUGAGGAGGAAGCAAUUCACUCCUACACAGAGUUCCUCAAGGAAUUGGACAAGGGCAAUAUAGAAAAUGUGCCAGCACCAGCCAUUGCCAUUGACUACUGGCAGCUCCCCCCAGACUCCACUUUAAGGGAUGUUGUCAUUGUUGUCAGAGCUGAUGAGGCACACCAUCGUGAUGUCAACCACUUUGCUUCGGACAUACACCACCAAGGACGUGAGUUAAGAGAGACUGCUGCUCCAAUUGGUUAUCACUAG